CAUGUAUAAAACCGAAAAUGAGUAUGGUCAGUCUAGCAGGAGUCUCACAGCCGCCAUGGAAACACUCCUUCAGUUUCUUCUCCUGCUCGGCACAUUCAUCAAUACCUUCUUCUCAGCAAGUUCCCAGCCGUACGUCGGAGUAAACUACGGAGAGAUCGCCGACAACCUGCCGCCGCCGGAAUCCACCGCCCACCUCCUGCAAUCCACCACCAUCUCCAAGCUCCGUCUCUACGGAGCCGAUCCCGCCAUCAUCCGAGCCCUCGCCGGCACCAACAUCUCUCUCAUCAUCGGCACCACCAACGGCGAAAUCGCCUCCCUCGCCGCCAAUCCCUCCGCCGCGGUUUCAUGGGUCUCGUCGAACGUCCUCCCCUUCCUCCCAGCAACCUCCAUCUCCGCCAUCUCUGUCGGCAACGAAAUCCUCACCGCCGGCGAUCCCACCCUCUCCUCCCAGCUCCUCCCCGCGAUGCAGAACCUCAAAGCCGCAAUCCCCGCUGGAAUCAAGAUCUCCACCGUCCAUUCUAUGGCCGUGCUGUCCCAAUCCGAUCCGCCGUCCUCCGGUAUGUUCAAACCCGAUCUCGCCCCUUUGCUAAAACCGAUCCUCCAGUUCCUCCACGACAACGAAUCCCCUUUCAUGGUGAACCCUUACCCCUACUUCGCCUACCAGAGCGAUCAACGGGCCGAAACCCUAGCUUUCUGUCUAUUCCAGCCGAAUUCGGGCCGGCCAGAUCCGGGCUCGGGGGUGACCUACACCAACAUGUUCGACGCUCAGGUGGCGGCGGUUCGCGCCGCGCUGGUGGCUGCGGGGUUCGCCGGAGCUGAAGUAGUGGUGGCGGAGACAGGAUGGCCGUACAACGGCGAUGCGGGAGAGGCCGGAGCGACAUUGGAGAACGCGAAAGCGUAUAAUGGGAAUUUGGUGGCUCAUCUGAGGGGAAUGGGGGAACCAAUCGAGACUUACAUAUUCGCGCUUUAUGACGAGGACUUGAAGCCCGGCCCGACCUCGGAGAGAUCGUUCGGACUGUUUAAGACUGACCUGACGCCGAUUUAUGAUGCGGGGCUGACCAGGUCGGAAGGGGGAACGGGGCAGGCGGUUCCGGCGAUUGCGCCGGCGCCGACGACGGCGGAGGAUCCAAUUGUUCCUGCGAUUUCGGCCGCGCCAGCGCCGGCGGAGGAUCCGGCGAUUGUGAAAAGCUAUUUGGUUUUAUGA